GUCCAGGUUUCAAGAAGGGGAUAAAAGGAUCUGCAGGGAUUUCCACACAACCCUUUACCUGCACAGCAGCUCAGGUGGCAGAAGGACAGUAUCUGCUGUUUUUCCUUCCCAGUUGGACAUAAACAGGCUCAUAUUUUACCCAUCAGGCUGUGCAGAUGGACAGAGGCAUGUCUGUGUCUCUGUGGUGCGAAGAGGUCGAGGAUGACCAGAGUCAGGAGCAGGGCCAGGUCCCCAUCAGAGGCUCGUCCCAGCUGCGUGCCGCCUGGGACCCCACUGUCUCGGGGCACCGUGUGAUCCUGAGGCUGCUUCACGUGGAGGAGAGAUACAUGCCCUCCAUGCUCUACAUCGCCCUCAUCCAGAGGGAUCCAGAGCGCAGGGAGGAGCUGGCCAAGUGGGCCCUGGAGGUGUGCUGUGAGAGUGGUUGUGAUGAGACAGUGUUUCCUCUGUCUGUCUCUCUGAUGGACCGCUACCUGUCUGCCACUCUGUCUGUGCCUGUCUCACCAUACUGCCUGGCUGCUGGCUGCAUCCUCAUCGCAUCCAAACUCACAGAGUGUGACAACUUCACCGCAGACACUCUCUGUGCUGCAGCCGAGUACAGCUUCCAGCCUUCCACCCUGCGGGUGAGUCCAUCACUUGGUCAUUGA